AUGGCUGGCCCAUCAUCGCUGCUGACUCCCAUGUCGGGGAUGCAUAUCUCGGAGGAGUUUGACAAGAGUGGCUUCAUCCAGAUCGAGACGCUUUCCGGCCUGGCUCCUACCCAGCUCAAUGGCCCAAUUGCCAAGAUGUUCGGACAGAGCAAGUUCCCUGAUGCCUUCGACUAUUGCAAGAUGACGACCGCCCUGAAGCUCCCUACUCAAUUCACGGUCACGGCACUUCCAGUGUUCCACUCUCUCUUCUCAUACACGAAGAUUAGACGUGAACACGAGCUCGAUAACGAAGGCCAGAACAUCUACGUCUUCCCCGAGCCCCUGGACAAGCUAUCUCCAGCUGAGCAGGCCUGGACUUUGGAAAGACUGAAUGAGAUGGGCGAGCACCUCAUUUUCGCUAUAGCAUGCAGCGACCAAGCCUGUGGCACCAAGGCCACCUGUGAACUGCGCGACAAACUGAACGGUCUCCUCGGCCUUGAUAUGUGCGGCACUGGUAGCAUCGUGUCUAUCAGCGAUCGCCUUUACCAAAUGCUUGUUGAUUCGCAAUCAGACGCUUCCGACAUCAUAGGCCAACAGACUGGAGCUUUUGUUUUCGCCACAACUAUCCUACAUGAGCUGGGUCAUGCCGCAGUUUUUGCUUCUGCCCCAUGGCAUCAUCAGUUUCACCACUUUUAUCUUGGCGAGAGUGGGCGUUCAACGGAGAUGGGAUUUGAGAUCACGGCGUGGCUUUUCGGCGGUGCACUUCCUGAGCUCACCUUCAACUGUCCGCCCCCAGGUGUUCUCUUCGACAACGAUGCCCAGAAGUACAGCCGGGUCCAGAAAUUGAUGACUAUCGCUGAAUGGCCAUGUCCCUCUCGAAGUCUCGUAUACGAUUCCUGCGGCAACCCCUACGCCACGAGAGGCAACGACAAGACAGUGGAGAUACUCUCGGCGACAUCAUUCCUCCAUGUCCACAAGAUGUUUCAAGACAGCUUCUGGGCUGGUGCUGAAAUUCGUACCAAAGGCCGCGAGGCUCUUUUCUUUCAGAGGACCACCGGCUACAGGUUCGCUCCGCAAGUCACCAUGCGUAACACCAAUCGUCAGCCCAUAUUACCCCACCCUGACGAGACUUUUGAUCUUCCUACCGGCUUCUGGAUGGACAAGAAUGGUCUCAUUCGGAGGAAGGUAGACAAGUUGGCGAAGAUGGAAAUGAGCAAGACCAAAAAGGUCGAGCUUCAGAUCCGUGUGAACAACAUCGUCAAGACAAGGACCAUGGACCAUGACUGGACACCACUCAGCUUUGGUGAGAAGGCCGGAGCCUGGCGCCGUAAGGUCUCAGCAAACAUCAAGCAGAGGGCAGAGGACACAGCUGUUCAAGUGAAGGAGACUGUGAAGGACACAUCGACUAGUGCGCUGGAGAAAGCCAAAGAGGCUACGAAGACUGCAGGUAAUACUUGGGAGCUUGCCGGGCUGAACAUAAACGUUGCUGUGGACAUGUUGACGGGGAAAUGUCGGGUGAGUUCUUGA